GUGACAGGAAGCUCUGUGUUGUGUAAAAUAAUCCGACCCUGAAAUCCUGACCUGUAAUUUAACUCUCCAUUUCCUCAGUGUUCCUCAUGUAAAUCAUUUACACACACACUUUCACUGAACUCUCACUCUUCUGGACAGGAAAAGAGAAACGAGUGGGAAACGCCUUGAACACACCCCGGGGCACGCGCGCGCGCGCACACGGAGUGCUGAUAUUUUAGUGCUCCAGUUUCGCUUUCUCUCCGCUGGAAAACACACACACACCCCUUCUGUCUGCGUUUCGGACGAGUGAGUGAGAGAUGGAGGAUCGAGCUCUUCUGCAGAAUAUUAGACGGACUCCUAAACUGAGUCUCCCAGUUCUGAUAAUCUCCAAACUGGUGGCCAUUGCAUUACCUGUUGCUCAGCUCGUCAUUGGUGUGCUAUACCUGGAUGCAUGUCCUCGUCAGCCCCUGAUACCGAUCUACCUGUUGGUCUCAGGUGUGUUUGCUCUUGUGCUGGUUGUGUUGUCCUGUCUCCCUUGCAUUCAGGAGGAGGAGAAUGGGGGCGGAGCCAUCAGCACCUUAUGCACCACCUGGAACUCCCUCAUUACACUCUUCCUGUUCUGCUGGUUUAUUGCAGGUAACGUCUGGGUUUAUUCCAUCUAUGAGCCAGAUUAUGACCCGAAAGUGGCGCUACACUGCGAUAAGACUCUCUACCUUUUCGCCUUCUGGACCGUCACACUUGUCUACAUCAUGAUCGGCCUGAUCAUCACCGCCGGCUGCUGCGUCAUGGUGUGUGUGUGUGUGUGCGGUCGAGGAGGAAUCUCCAGCAGCCUCACCGAUGACGUCUAAUAGAUACGUUAGAUAUUUCAUGACACACACACACCUCUCAUACACACACACACACACACACACACACACACACACACACACACACAGUUCUACUGAGACUGGGGGAGGAAUGGGUCACAUGAUCGUAUCUUUAUGUGCAUAAUGGUGAAUGUUUACACUGAUUUAUUCAUUCACUACUGGUUUAUAAUCAACACAUGUAAUGCUGAUUAUAAUAAAAAGUGUUGUAUAA